AUGGAAACUGUUUUACCCAGGUUGUCUGGCCGGCCUCCUCCUCAGUUUGCUGUCCGAACUCCAAAGAGGUUCUGGGCCGAUGAAAGGUCUGCUCCUUCUUCCGAGAAGAAAAAGGAAAUUUCCUUAAUGCCCCCGUCGCCUUCUUUUGAUAUAAAUGGAAGUGGAGAGAAUGAUCAACUUAUUGUUCCCUUUGAUGUGAAGUACCACUUCCGAAGUAAAAAUGGACGACAUAAAGCUGCUUCCUCCAAGGAGGUUAGCCGACCUCCCGCCAAAGCUUCUUCUCAAGCUUCAAAGCCGAGCUCCCGCAGCACCAAGUCGUCUCAGCCAUCUAGCCGUGGUGGGUCGAGCUCAGCUCUUAGGCCUGUUGAAGGGUCUAGGUCUGCUCCAGCCUCCUCAGAGGGCGUGAGGGAAGCUUCCCUGGCUAUUGCGGAGCAGUCCUCCGUUGUUGAACAGGUGGAGCGGGGUACUGCCCAUUCUUCUGGAGAGGUAUCGGGGGGAAAAUCUAAGUCCCCUAUUGAAGACAAAGAGGCCUCAGGGACAGGGCUGGAGAUCGUCCUUAUAGAGGACUCAGCUCUAGAGGUUCCUACCCAAGAUGCCCCUGCCCCUGCGAGGACUGAACCUGAGGGUUCUGAGGGCGUUCCGUCAAAGACCGGGGACAAGCGCCCAGCCCCUUCUGGAACAGCUGCCCCAUCUCCUGCUCGGAAGAAGUCCAGGGCUGCUGCAGGGUCUUCUCCGGCUCUUCCUUCCAUUGGGAAAGGAAAAAGUGUGGCUGCCGAGCCUCCGUUGUUUUCUUCUGACAAUUCUCUGAAAGCACCAGACAUUACCUCCGAGUCUCCGGCCAGUGCUGUUGCUGACUUUCUCAGAGAGCAAAUGUUUGGUGGAGUUACAGAGGCUUCGGACCCUCGCCUUCUUACCCUGACUGGUCUUUUAGCCAGUUCUACUAAGGAGCAAGCAUCCUUCCAGUCUCGCUCUCGUGAGGAGCUCGGAUCCUCGAUUAGGGAAAUGCUUCUGAUGAUCCAGUCCCUCCAAGUGGAAUUGCACUCUGCACUGGAAGCCCUAAAAAAGGCUGAGGAAAAAGCAGCUGAGACAGCAAAGCAUACCUCGUCCUUAGAAGCAGAGCUGUCUCGAACUCGUGGGGUCCUCAAAGUGUCUGAUGAGAGGGCAGCUGCCUUGGAGGUUCGCUGCAAAGGAGUUUCGGAGCAGCUGUCCUCUAUGGCAGAUGCUCGUCAAGAGAGGAAUGAGGCUUUGAGCCAAAAAGCUAAGGUCCAGCGUCAAUGUGAUGCUGUAAAGGCCGAUUUUGAAGGACUUCAGGCGCAUCUUAAUGAAGUGAAAACUCAGAAGGAAAAGGCCCUAGCUCGGAUGGAGCUGGUGCGUGAGCAAUGCAUAGCGGAAUAUCAGGAGUCCGAUGAGCUGAAAAGGAAGAUCGAGCAGGCCUGUGAGGCUCACCUCCAGGACUAUAAGGACUCUUCUGAGCUUAAGGAAUUUGUAGCUGAGGCCUGUGAAGCACAUCUUGAUGAAUUUAGGGCUUCUGGUGAAAUGAAAGCGGCUGUUCUUAAGAAAGCCUUCCAUUGUCGGAGGGACAUAUGCCGGCCAGCUGAGUCUUCUUCGGAAGAGUCCGAGCUAGAAAGAGAGGACGUGGAAGUCCUUGGGUCGAAGGAUGAUGACCCUGUUUCUGAGGGGGAGAACCCUAACCUUGGGUCAGAGGUUGCUCCUGCUGUUAAUAUUGAGAGCUCUGAUCCAAGGGAUACCGAGCUUCCUGCAGAUAUGACUGCCAAUAGAGAUAAUGUAGGCGAGGAGGUUUUAACUAAUGUAAGUCCUUUAAGGACUAUAUAUCCCCCCACCUCGUCAAAGAGAUAA